AAUAUGGACCAAAGUCAGGUUCAAAACGACCACGAAAAAUAGGUAAAUAAUCUCAUCCACGUACACUAUGUUUCCCGGCACCACUUACCGGAUAGGGGUACUCGUCAUCAUCGUAUUCAUCUCCGGCGUCUGCUCCGAUGAGCACGAGCUUCUAAUGAAGCUGAAAGCCGCCUUGGCGGGAUCAAACACAAAAGUAUUUGAUUCAUGGAGACGGGAUGUAUCCGUUUGUAACUUCAGCGGCAUCUGGUGUGAUGAUUCGGGUUCAUGGGUGAAAGAAAUAGAGCUCUCGCAUCAGAAUCUGAGCGGAUCGAUUCCUUUUGAUUCCAUAUGUCAACUCCAGUGGCUACAAAAGCUUUCCUUGGGUUUUAAUUAUUUGCACGGAAGCCUUACGGAUGACCUCAAUAAUUGUUCUCGCUUGACUUACUUGGAUCUCGGAAACAAUUUCUUCUCUGGUGUCAUGCCCCGUAUAGAUUCCAUGAAGUCCCUUUUGUAUCUCUAUGUUAACAAUACCGGAUUAUCAGGAACUUUCCCCUGGGCUUCACUGGAAUCCAUGACGGGGUUGGUCGUUCUGAGCGUCGGAGACAACAAUUUUGAUCAAACUGUGUUUCCACAACAAGUAGUGAAGCUCAGGAAUUUGACUUGGCUGUACAUGGCGAAUUGCAGUAUCGGAGGUGAGAUUCCGGCUGCUAUCGGGGAGCUUAAGGAUCUUAUUAAUUUGGAGCUGUCUACCAAUAACAUCAGCGGAGAGAUUCCAAGUGAAAUCUCCAAGCUGGUGAAGCUAUGGCAGCUUGAGCUUUUCAACAACAAUCUUAGAGGAAAGCUUCCGGUGGGGCUACGUAACUUAACCAACCUCCAGUUAUUUGACGCCUCCAUUAACAAUCUGGAAGGUGACAUAUCUGAACUCAAGUUUCUGACCCAGUUAAAGAGCUUACAGCUGUUUGAAAAUAAGCUCACAGGCGAGAUUCCCCCAGAGAUAGGGGAGUUCAACCAGCUGGUGAAUCUGUCUUUGUACCGCAACCGGCUCACCGGGACGCUUCCUCAGCAACUUGGCUCCUUGUCUGACUUCAACUUCAUUGAUGUCUCCGAAAACUUACUCACCGGACCAAUUCCUCCUAACAUGUGUAAAAACAACAAGAUGUCCUUUCUCCUCAUGCUCCAGAACAACUUAACCGGCGCCAUUCCCUCCGCUUAUGCUGACUGUAAAACGCUCUCGCGGUUUCGUGUAAGCGACAACCAGCUUUCCGGUGUUGUUCCUAGUGCUCUGUGGGGGCUUCCAGUCGCUGAGAUCAUUGAUAUUGCCAACAACAAUUUAGAGGGGAGUAUUACAUCUGACAUAGACAAGGCCACAACAUUGGGGCAGAUAUUCGCUGCUCGCAAUCGGUUAUCCGGUGAGUUGCCUCCGGAGAUAUCAAAGGCAACAUCAUUGAAUACGAUCGACUUAAGUCACAACCAGUUUUCUGGUAGAGUGCCUGCAACAAUCGGAGACUUAAAGCAUCUGAACAGCCUUCGUUUAGAUAACAACAGAUUCACCGGCGAGAUACCCGAUUCCUUAGGCUCGUGUGAUUCUCUGAAUGAGAUAAACAUGGCGUAUAAUUCCUUUUCAGGCCAUAUCCCAGCAGCUUUAGGGAGGUUACCCACACUUAAUGCAAUGAAUUUGUCCUCAAAUUUGCUCUCGGGUAAAAUCCCAGGGAGCCUCUCCUCACUGAGGUUAAGCCUUUUAGACCUGUCCCACAAUAAACUGACAGGAGAAAUCCCGGAGUCGCUUUCUGUUGAGGCCUACAAUGGAAGCUUUGCCGGAAACGCGGGGCUUUGCAGCCUAAAGGUGAAGUAUUUCCCACGUUGUUCUUCAAGAUCCGACUCUGGUGGGGUGAUUCAGACAGUAAUCACCUGCCUCUCCAUCGGGUCAGCUGCUGGUCUCAUGUUACUUGCCUACUUGUGUUACAUGAAGAAAAAGAAAGGCGGGAAGCGGGAGGAGGAGGAUGAUGAUGCGUUGACAUGGAAUGUGAAAUCAUUCCAUGUGUUGAGCUUCAUGGAGGAUGACAUAAUUGAGUCCAUCAAAGAAGAGAAUUUGAUUGGGAAGGGGGGGUCUGGUGAAGUGUACCGGGUGUCCCUAAAGAACGGGAUGGAACUCGCGGUGAAGCACAUUUCGAAGCAUCUUGUGGGGAAGUCAGUGGAGUUUGACGCAGAGGUUGAGACGUUGAGCUCCAUAAGGCAUGUGAAUGUUGUCAAACUCUACUGCAGUAUCACAAGCCAAGAGUCGAGGUUGUUGGCUUAUGAGUAUUUGGCCAACGGGAGCCUUUGGGAUCGGUUACACAACGACAAUAAGAAACUUGGAGGCCUGGAUUGGAUUACAAGAUAUGAAAUCGCGGUGGGAGCCGCCAAAGGGCUAGAGUAUUUGCACCAUGGAUGUGAAAGGCCGGUGAUCCAUAGAGAUGUCAAGUCGAGUAACAUUCUCCUGGAUGAGCAUUUGAAACCCAGGAUUGCUGAUUUUGGGCUUGCAAAGAAGAUUAGCCAGCACCCCGACACAACUACUUCUUGUAGCCAUGUGAUAGCGGGAACACACGGGUACAUAGCUCCAGAGUACGGGUACACGUACAAAGUGAACGAAAAGAGCGACGUGUACAGCUUUGGAGUGGUGUUGAUGGAGCUAGUGACAGGUAAAAAACCCAUAGAGGCGGAAUAUGGUGAAAACAAGGACAUAGUGUAUUGGGUAUGCAGCAAGCUGAAGAACAAAGAGAGCGUGUUAAGCCUUGUGGAUUCCAGCAUCUGUGAAGGUUUCAAGGAAGAGACGAUUAAAGUGUUGAAGAUUGCAAUCAUGUGCACGUCUAGGCUCCCCACCCUCAGGCCCACCAUGAGGGCAGUCGUUAAGAUGCUGGAAGAAGCCGAGCCAUGCAAAUUACUAGGCAUAAUCGUCAAACAAAAGUAAUUAACAUAUAUAUAUGGCCUGGCCUACCUUUUUUGUAA